UAAAAAACGAAGAAAAGUAACAACAUUGAUUUUUUUCCUUUCAUAUUCCGUUGAAGUGUUAUUGUUUUUGGAUCUCAUAUCCUAAUUCACCAACAGCUCCGGCCACAGCAGUUCCGGUCACCGCCUUCCGUUUCAUCACUCUCUCUGUCUCACCUCUUUCUCAGAAAUAUGCCUUCUCAGAAGGUUGAAACAGGUCAUCAAGACACCGUGCACGAUGUUGCGAUGGAUUAUUAUGGAAAGAGGCUGGCAACAGCUUCUUCGGAUCACACGAUUAAGAUAAUUGGGGUGAGUAAUUCAGCCUCUCAGCAUCUAGCAACUCUGACUGGUCACCAAGGGCCUGUUUGGGAGGUUGCCUGGGCUCACCCUAAGUUUGGAUCUCUGCUCGCUUCGUGUUCCUUUGACGGGCGUGUUAUUCUCUGGAAGGAGGGUAACCAAAACGAGUGGACACAAGCUCAUGUAUUCGAUGACCAUAAGUCAUCUGUGAAUUCAGUUGCUUGGGCGCCUCAUGAGUUGGGUCUUUGCUUGGCUUGUGCUUCGUCGGAUGGGAAUAUAUCUGUAUUCACUGCAAGAGCAGAUGGUGGAUGGGACACAUCGAGGAUUGAUCAAGCUCAUCCAGUUGGUGUCACUUCUGUGUCUUGGGCUCCUUCAAUGGCGCCGGGUGCUCUUGUUGGAUCAGGGUUACUUGAUCCUGUGCAGAAGCUUUGUUCUGGUGGUUGUGAUAAUACUGUUAAGGUGUGGAAGCUUAGCAAUGGACAGUGGAAGAUGGACUGCUUCCCUGCGCUUCAGAUGCAUAACGAUUGGGUUCGAGAUGUUGCUUGGGCGCCAAAUUUGGGACUACCUAAAUCCACUAUUGCUAGUGCGUCGCAGGAUGGGAAAGUGAUCAUAUGGACUGUAGGCAAAGAAGGGGAUCAUUGGGAAGGAAAAGUUUUGAAUGAUUUCAAAACCCCUGUUUGGAGGGUGUCAUGGUCUUUGACAGGAAAUAUACUGGCCGUGGCGGAUGGAAACAACAAUGUCACAUUAUGGAAAGAAGCAGUCGAUGGGGAAUGGCAACAGGUGACAACAGUGGAGCCAUAGAAUAUGAUUGUUCAGAUAAAAAUGGGGUUUGCCUAGCGUACACAAUCAUAUUAGGUGGCGCAUUGUGCACAAGUUUCAUUUGCCAUUAAAUUUUGAAGACCCAAUAGAUCUUAUGGUGUUUCUUUCCGGCUAAAUCUUUGCUCAUUUCCCUCCGACGCCCAUGUUUACCCUCAAUUGUUGCUUUCGAUUUAAUAGCAUUGAAAUAAAACAACUCGAAUCAGUUCUAUAUUGC